AUGCGCAUUGUCAAAUGCACAACACGAUUCGCCACUGUCAUGUGUGUCAUCAUUGCAACUGUCAAAGUAUCCAUCUAUCUGUACUCUGGUGCUGAGGUGGUCAGGACGUCUGCAUUGGAUUCGUUGGGUGAUCUUAUGGCGAACAUGAUCACGCUUUACACGGGCUAUCGCAUGACCAAUGUGGACCUCAAGAAGUAUCCGGUUGGGCAGAAGAAGUUCCAAAGCAUUGGCUGCCUCGUAUUCAGCACACUCAUGUUCGCACUGAUGUUCGGAAACGCCUUGGGGAAUCUGGAGAGCUUGAUCGAAAGCAAGGAUGACAUCGGCUACAUGGCAAUCACGCGGUUCUUCCAGCAGACAACGGGCUCGAUCAGCGAUUUCGACGAGUGGAAAGAUGAUCUUACGUGCAAGGAGGGAAGUUGUGAAUGGAAAAAAGCCGCUGACGGUGCCAAAAAGAUAAACAAUCCGCUCAAGCAGUUUUUCGCUGUCAACGGUGAUGAAGCCGAGAAGAAGACGUACGCAAGCCAACCAGAUCAAUUGACGAGAGGGGAGAUCGUCCAGCAGAUCGCAGAUUACGAGAAUGAAGCCGAACAGUGGCAACAGCUGACGACGCAGAAUCUUUUCUUGGGGUGCUGCGCGACAUACAAGUUCUGCCUGUGGAUGUAUUGCAUUUCAUAUGCCAUUCCAAAGAGUGGCUCUUCGGUUCUUGUUGCCUUGGCUACCGACAAGAGAAAUGACUUCUUGUGUACAAGUUUCGUGAUUUUAUCCACUUUCUUUGCUGCUAUCUUCCCGGAGCUCACUGGCAAGUUUAUUUCAGAUGAGAAGGUUGAUCCACUGGUGUCACUUCUGCUGUCCUUUUUCAUCAUGUACACUUGGUCAGAGCUGAUGAUGGAACACAUGACGCUGCUGAGUGAGCAGGUUGCGAACGAGGAAUUCUGCGAGGGCGUCCGGAAAGAAGUCUUCGAUGUUGUCAAAGGCUCACCCUGUGGAGUGGCUGGUGAUGACAUCAAGGUCUACAUGUCGGGCAUGGGCAACACCAUCGAGGUUACCCUCACAGUCAACGCAGGCAGUACGCAGUUUGCAGCCGUGGGCGACGUGGUGCAAAAGUUGAG